UUUAUAACUUUUUUAGCAAAUUUUCAUAUUUUGUGCAAACUCAUGUUGUCCAAUUAAAGGGACCGAAACAGCCAAAUCCACAUUAUACGUUACAUAAUCCAAAUUCACAACAAUAAUAUUUCGUAAUAAUAACCGCACCUUUCACUAUCCUUCACUAAUAAAGUGUCCAGAAGGUAUUAUAAUUAUUGUUUUAUUUUGGAAAACUAGAUGUUUGUGCACCAAUUUCAUAAUGUAUAAUGUAAAAGGACCCAGCAAAAUCGUCGCAAAAACCACCAGACGAGGUUUGAGCCAAAAUAUGGAUAACAUGAGGGAAUACACACGGAAUAAAUCGGUUGAAAGUGAGGAUAACGAAGCUCAUCCUGUUCCAAAGCCAGUGUUCCAUAACAAGAAAUUAGCGCCGCAUCAGCACAGACAAGAAGUCAUAUCGCCUCAACAUGAGGAGAUUAUCAAAUUUGUCAAUGAUUCUUGGAAUAAAGUUUGUGCAGAGAUGUACCACGAUUCAGAUGGUUGUUCAAGUCCUAAAAGUGACCAGUCAGUUUAUUACGAGGACGAACCGCUCAUUCUGGAAGGCUUCAAGCCUUUUGAUCUUGAAUCGUGGUGGGGCAAACGCCUCUAUGCAUGCAUAACGGGGUCUGCAAACGGUAAAAAUUAAGUUUUAUCACUCAACCAAGAACUAGUCACGUCACGUUAUCCAUUGUACAAAUUCUGGCUCUUAAUUUUUUAUUUUUCUUUUUUUAUCAGAUUGUACAGUUUUAUUAGAUUUUAUGGCUUAUUGUUUUAUAAAUGAAGGCCUCUCUGUUACUAUUUCAUGAGGCUUUUCGUUUUAAAUCUGUAGUUAAAAGAAGAAAUGUGAUAUUUGUAAUAAAUAGA